ACAACAUUAUAUUAAGGUAGCCGAAAAAAGAGCGUUGGAGUAUUAGAAAAUGGAAAGUGGGUCACAUGACAUCUUGCAUUUACCGAUUACCACUCGCUUUUGCUUAUAAAUAGACGCACGCAAGUAAAAAGGGAAACGCAAAAGCGAUCUCAUAAAUCAUAAUACGCCAACGCCACCACAAAAAGCAGACUCAAAGCCAAAGCUAAGAAAAAGAGCGCCCCACCCUCAUCAACCGGCGACAAUGGAGGGAGACGGCGACGCGCCGCCGCCAUUCUGGCUCCAAUCCUCCAACUCUCUUCACCAUCUCGACUACAAUCGCCGCCCCCGCCGCCGCCUCAGCCGCGCAUCGUCUUUCCUUCUCAACUCCAGCGCCUUUCUCAUUGUUUUGUUAGUAAUAGUUCUGUGUUUCAUCUUGAUUGUGAUCCCUAAAUUUGUGCACUUCGGUUCUCAAUUGCUUCGACCUCAAUCGGUCAAGAAGAGUUGGGAUUCUCUCAAUUUGGUUCUCGUUCUGUUCGCCAUUGUCUGCGGAUUUCUCAGCAGAAACACGGGCGAUGAUAGUAAAGCCUCUUUUGAAGAUCGGAGUGUUUCGUCGAAGCGAACCGGGAAGUCAAACCCUACGACUCCGCGCCGAUGGUAUGGAUAUUCCGAUGAUCGGCCGACUCAUUACACUCUCAAUCGGAUGAGGAGUAGUAGUUCGUAUCCGGAUCUACGUCUGCAGGAGUCUUUGUUGGAUGCCGGCGAUGAACGGUGGCGAUUUUACGACGACACUCAUGUGCAUAAUCAUCGGCUUCCGGCCUCCGAUCAGCUUCAUCGUCGUCGUGAAGCUCGGCCGGAGCUUGAGCACGAAGAUUUCGGUGCCAGAAGUACAGGUUUCGACAGAUCUGGGAUUCGUGAGGAAGUCUAUUCAAAACCGCGAAUGCUUUCACCGCCGCGCUCGCCGCCGCCGCCGCCCCCAACCCUUCCCCCUCCCCCUAAGACGACCCCUACAGUGGUUAAACGGAGGCCAAUGAGAACGCAUAAGGUCCAUAGCCAUACGCCCGACGGAGAAAUCGAUCGACAGCACAAGAACGGCGAUUCAGACGUCGCGGAUUGUCAACGGAUUCAGCUUCCACCACUCUCACCGCCGGCAUUUUAUCAGGAAUCGGAGCAGAAGAUCGGCAAAAAUGAGAAGAAGAGAGGCGGACCUACAAAAGAAUUUUGGACAACCGCACUGAGGAGGAGGAAGAAGAAGCAAAGACAAAAGAGCAUCGAAAGCUUCGAGACUAUCCUCAGCUCCCAGCGCCCUUCUACAUCGUCAUUACCACCAGCGUCACCUCCGCCUCCUCCGCCGCUUCCUCCGCCGUCAGUUUUUCAAAACCUAUUUUCUUCCAAGAAAGGGAAAGGCAGAAAAGGACAAUCAUUAACUUUACCAGAGCCGCCUCCACCAUCAAUAGCCUCCUCAGAACCUAAACCAGAGAUCGGAGAUCAAAAUCAGCUCUCCAACCUUCACGAGCCUCCAAUGGAGCUCGAGAGACUGAGCAGUAUAAACGACGAAGAAUACAAUACACGCAUUGGCGGUGAGUCGCCGUUCCAUCCGAUUCCUCCACCGCCGCUGCCUUUCAAAUUCGCGAGACACGGAAACUUUGACAGUUCUGGAAGCAAUAGCAGUACGCCGAGAGCCGUUUCGCCGGACAUGGAGGAGAGUGAAGCCGAUGGCCCACCGGCGGCCGGCCAAAUGAGGCUGUUGAAAGAUUCCGCAACUCCGAUGUUUUGCUCAAGCCCGGAUGUUAACAGUAAAGCCGAUAAGUUCAUCGAAAGAUUCAGAGCGGAUUUGAAGUUGCAGAAGAUGAAUUCCAUCAAGGAGAAGAAGGCGAGGAAGAGAUCUAACCUAGGCCGAGAACCAGGCCCAGGCCCAAAGUAGAUCAAGGAUAAGGCCCAGCCCACAACACACUUUUUCCCCAUUAAAAAAAAACAGAAAAAAUCUCAAUUCUUUUGUUUGUUGAAUUUUUUUUUUUAUAGCAUAUUUUAAGUUUAAAGUUUUUCAGAAUGUUCUGACAUGAGAUGAGAUUACAACUAGAAACAUUGGUUUAUAUAUUGUGAGAUAAUUUGGAUAUGAAUUUGAUUUUUUUUUAA